AGUGAUUGUUUUAUAUGUAUUUUUUAUGUAUGUCGCUUUGGAUAAAAGCGUCUGCCAAAUACUUCAACAUAAACAUAUAUAAACACCUGAAAGUGUUUAUAUCAGCUAAAACCACCAAUCUGUUUCACUGGAUUCAGAAUAAAACCAAAUUCUGUCUUACCCAACAAUGUCAGUAUUUGAAUAUUGUUACUUGAAGACUUAUUCCUGGCUACAGUUAUACUGUUAAGAAAGUAUUGUCUUAUACUUUGCCCAAAAUGAGAAUGCAUCAUAAUCAGUGGCGGCUGGUGAAUUUUGUUUAAGGUGGGGUUGAAAGUUUGUAAACCAAACCCCUGUAGGGGGGGUCAUCUUCCCCCAGAAGAUUUCUUUGCGAUUUUCACAUACAAAUAUUGAAUAUCUUUGCUCCUUCUCAACUCUGAGGUAAUAUUCUUUUCACAAAAUACAACCAAUAGUACGUUAAUGUUGAAUCUUACUUGUGAAAAGUAUCGCCGCGCACCAUCAGGGAUACGGCUGUCGACGUCGUCCUCCGGUCGCAUUCUGAGGUGCGUGGCUUCAUCCCCGACCACGCCGAGCCCCAUGCGUCUCAAGCUGAACUCUAAGAAGGUUCUGGCCAAAGGACCCUCAGUGGAGCGCUCCAAAGCGCGGCAGGUGCUCAAGAAGCUGGCAAGGAACUCGCAACCGGCGCCGCUUCGGAUCUCCAAAGACGAGAACCAGAACCAAGAUGGUGCCAAGGCCAUGACCCGAGCUGCUGCUUUACAGAACCACAACCAGAAGGUCCACUUCACACGCCGCCUGCAGCACCUUAAGUCCGCUCUGGUCAGCCCCACCUCGCAGUCCGCGCUGCCGCCUCGAAUGCGUGUCAAGCCUCAAAGGUAUCGCACCGACGACGCUCAGGCUCCCUCUUCUUCCUCCCCCCCGAAACUCACUGCUCGCUCCGCAACCUCAAGCCCCGCCCCUGCAGUGAACCCACUCCAGGCCCCGCCCCUCUCCCGCUGUCCCACGCCACCACCCUCUAAUUGCGUUGCGAUGGAGACGCCGGCUGAGACCAAGGAGGCUCCUCCUCCUUGCAGCGUUGCACAGACAGUAGACCUCCCCCCUCCCGAAGACCCGCCCCUCUUAGUGCCUCCCUGCCCCUCCUCCUCCUGUCCUCCAAACGCUUGCGUGGAGACGCGGGUCGGCGGCGAGGAGGAGGAAGACCAACGAGGCGAACUGAAAAGGCGCCGCAAGUCUUCCACGUCGUCCUCCUCCUCUUCCUCGUCUUCGUCGUCGUCCUCGGUCUUUUCCAAGUCCGUGUCCAAGUGUUUGCUCCCAGACGGUCGCACGGUGUGCGUCAGCGAUAUCGUCUGGGCCAAAAUCUACGGAUUCCCCUGGUGGCCGGCGCGCGUGCUCGGCAUCACGGUGGCGCGGCGCGCCAACGCCGUGCUGGCCGUGCAGCAGGAAGCGCGGGUGUCUUGGUUCGGCUCGCCCACCACCUCCUUCCUGCCGCUCUCGCAACUCUCGCCCUUCCUGGAAAGCUUCCAGUCGCGCUUCGACAGGAAGAGAAAGGGACCGUACCGCCGCGCCAUUUCAGAGGCCGCCAGCGCCGCCAAACAACUGACGCCCGAAGUGCGCGCGCUGCUCACCCAGUUCGAGACGUAGCAGUAGCUCAGGCCACGCCCCUCUCGCCAUGCCCCUUGUUUGGUUCCUCCUUUACGUCGAGUGACGGUACGUCUUAGUGUCAGCAUCGGGUCCCCUUUGGACCUCAAGUCAAUGCGGUCGCUAGGAUAACGAUGGGCGACUUGUCUCCAUGUGGUUUUUGAUUCCUGGUUCUAUAGGACCUCUGGUCCGUCUCGCUGGUCCGGUGGUUUGUCCUGUGAUGGUUCCCGAGCACAGUGAGACUCAAAACUGAUCAAAGCUGUGAAACGCUCUUUUUCAAAACUGAGGUCAGGGUCCGAGAUAAGGUUUUAUCUUUAGUGUGGUUGACUCAGUCCUGGAUCAGGUCCACGAGGUCCCUGGACUUGUUUGAAGUCUAAGUCUGUCCAGUCCACGGGAUUGGCUCAUUAAGAACUUUUUUUUUCAUUCAUUCAAUGUUGUGACGUCUCACCCCCGUCCCUGUUUGCCAGUCCCAGACCCUCAGUCCCUCGGAUCCUGACGACGGUGGUGUCUUUUCCCCCCCUCGGUUUGUCUUCUUCUUGACUUUCCCCCCCUCGUCUGUUUGCAGAUCAGAGAUUGUGAACAAAAAUGAUUUGUGUAAAUGUUUUUUUUUUUCCCCUGAUGUUUAAAAUCUGAAUAAAAGAUUUCUUUGAAUUGUC